CGCGGCCAGGCUGAGCAAACCCCGAGCCCCCGGCCGCGCUGACCCCGGCCCCCGACUGCAGGACCCCCACCCUCCGCCCGACCCUCCGUCACCUGUGGCCGCCGGGGACACCCUUGGCCCCUCCCCGAGCGCCAGGCCCCACCCUCGGCGCAGAUGAGCCCCGCAGCGCGGGCGAGGGCCACCCCGGGGCGCGGGCCCGAUGGGUCCCGGGAGAGGAGCCCCCCCUAGGCGCCCGGGGCCGCUCGGAGGAAGGCCGCCGCCCCCACCCCGGAGGCCGCCCCCCUCCCGCCAGCCCGCCGCCCGGACCUGCCGCACCCCUGCCCGGCCCCCCGGCCCCCGCCCGGCCUCGCCCCUGCGCCCUGGGGUGGUGGGGGGCGGCCUCCCCGCGGGCCUCCCCCGCGCCCCUUGUCCCCGCACCCUGUCCCCGUCCCCAGCGGGCGGCCCGCGGGUGAGGGCCACCCCGAGCCAGGGUGGGGGGGGCCGUUAAGAUGUGGAGUUGUGCCCGGCCCAGGGGGGCUCCGCGCGCCGGCUGGGGGGGUCAUGGCCAGGCCUGCGACCGCCUGCUAAAGCAUGGACUUCCGGGGUGCCCCGGACCUCGGCCAGCCGGGUGAGGACCCCGGCGGCCAGCGUGCGCACAUCCGCCAGCGCAUGAGGACGGUCAUCGGCCAGCUAGAGGGCAUCCUGCGGGAGCUGAAGCAGGUGGCCAGGGAGCUCAGGGAGGUGGUGAGCCAGAUUGACAGGCUGACAUCCGACUUCGACUUCGAGCUGGAGCCCGACGACUGGGCCACGGCCACGGGCAGCAGUACGUCCAGCAGCGAGCGGACCGGGGCCGAGCGGGGCCGCCUGGACUCCACGGCGGGGGACGUGCUCUCCGACAGCUGGGAGUUCUGCUGCUUCCCCGACGUGCCCUCGGCCCCUGCCCCGGGCUUCCUGCUCAUGAACGGGGGUCUGCCCGUGCCCAACGGGCCGCGCGUGGGGACCCCCGACGCGGCCAGUGGGGACGCUUUCGGGGGCGGCCCCCCGCCCCGGCCCCCGGGCACACGCGAGCGGGUACGUUUCAGCGACAAAGUCCUGUACCACGCGCUCUGCUGUGACGACGAGGGGGCGGGCUGCCCGGCCCAGGCCACGGACGACGGGGGUGCGCCCCCCCAGCCACCCAGGCCUGCCCCCGCCCGGCCCCGGCGGCCCCCGGGUCCUGCACUUGGCCGCCGCGGCACACGUGACAGCAGCACCCAGACUGUCUCGGACAAGAGCACCCAGACGGCGCCCUGCGGCCGCGGGCAGAGCUAG